AUGAAAGCGCACUUCGACCAAUGCUUCAAAAGCUUUUCAACCAAGAUGCUGAAUUGUCUUGGUAGCUGUGAAAAAGAGAUCAAACUUCUCACCGACAAGGUUGAAUCUGUAGAGCGCGCGGUAGAGGAGUUGAAUACAGGGUCGACGAAGCACACUGAGGAAGAGGUUAAGGACAAUGUUCAGCCAACCCAGCAGCAGGUCACUGGAUCCAAGAAGCAUGAAGGGAGUAAUUCAGAGAAAGAAGAUUCUCUGAUGAAAGAUAAUAUCAACGUUGGUGCGAGUGAGAGUGUUAACGCCUCCGGGGAUGCAAAAGGAAAGAAGGCUGCCAUGAAGGAAGAAGAGGCCCCUGAGCCUAGCUUUUGUGAAAUUGACCCGAAGACGUGUGAUGUUGACUUCGACGCAGUUGCACUAGCCAAAAAUGCGAAAGCCAGAGCAGCGGCUCAGAUAGUUACCAUAGCAACAAGUGCCAGAAACCGACAGCUGGCUGCGACACAGAAGAGUCCUUUCUUAGGAAAUAGCACCACAAAGGCGAUCAUUCCAACGUCGGCAUCUCACUCCGGCCAUGUCCGUGGAUAUGAUCCUUUUGAUCAAACUGGUGUCAGGGCUAAGCAUACCACUCUAAUGAACUUUGUGAAAGCAAACCCUGCAUAUCCAAGACGUCCAAAAAACUCUUCGAUCGACUGGUAUUACAUUCUCCGGACACCUAAGAAAUGUCUAUCUGAUACGCACAUGGAAGCUUAUAUUAACGUACUCAGGCUGCGAUUAUCCAAGCAUCCGGAGUGGUUUGUAUCCGACCGGAUUUGCUUCCUCAACUCCAUGUUUGCUACGAUUUGGAGGCGUGACUACAAUGACGUCAAAAACUCUGAGCCGAAUGAAGAUGGUUCUGGCAAACUUCUACCACCUGGAGCGUAUUCGUACUACACUGGCGAAUUAUCUAUCUACUGCCAGACUAAAAAGACGUGGGCCUAUGAAGUCGACCAUUUGUACUCAAUGUUGCACAUCAAGGGGGCCCAUUGGACCUGUGCACCUGAUGAAGACAAGUGGAGAUUCCCCUACACGCCGUUCACCCAUUCACGAGUACCAGGUACGGAGAUACCUCAAAACAUUCAGAGUGGUGAUUGCGGAGUCUACUGCCUGAAGUACAUCGAGUGUCAUGCUUUGGAUUUUCCAUUUCCGCCACAACUUUGUGAUAAAAACAUUCGGCAAAUCAGGGAAAAAAUGGCUGCAGAGAUCUUUGACGAAAUAGGUGCUAGGGGCCAUGAUAAGCUAGAUGCAAACGGGCUGGAUGUCUAUGAUAGGAAAGCUUAG